UAUUUUUUUUCUGAGUAAAUUUUUUUUUCUAAUUACUGACCAAAACGAUUUAGCCAACAAUAAAUACAUAACUAAACUCGAAGUCAAUUGAAAAAAUCCAAAGUUGUAAUUAGUUUUGCUUUUGUUUCAUGAAGCCGCGAGUAUUAUGUCAAGACAAUUGUGAUAAGGCACUUAAAAGAACAAUAAAACGUAUUAUGUCUUAAAUAAUUGGAUAAACUGCUAUUGAAAUGUUAUGUUAUUUAUCAUGUAACACCGUAUGCGUUUUUCUGUUUUAAAGAUAAUCAAUUUCUCUGAAUUAUUCUCGCCAAAUAAUGCAUGUAUUCGUAUAUGAGUCCACCAAACCAAGAGUUAAGCUCCAUAGUGAGAUAUCAUAAAUUUUACUAAGUUAAUGUAAUAUUCAGUCGGAAUGCCAAAACCUUGCUAAAGAAGAUGGCAUGAAUUAAUUGUGAAAUGACGAUAAAUGAAAAUAAACUAUGAAUUCACGAUUUGUAACAUUAGGAAAACGUGCAGCACAUUAAAUUGCACAAAAUCUUUUUUUUUUUUGAUAAAGUGUUUUAAAUGUCGGUGAAAAGAAACUCCGGAGAAUAUAGCAAUUUUACUCAAUAUUCAAUUCAGGUGCAUUUUUUUUUUAUUUGAAAGAAAAGGUCUUAUGAAAUAGAAUUUUCACUGUCUUGUCAAUUUUUUUUGCGUAAUGUCAAGCUCUAUAUUUUCACUCUUUUUUUUUAAAUAACUUCUUGUACGUGUCUUGAGGGUGGGAAUUUGAAGAAAUUAUGGUCUUCGAAAAGAUUGAAGCAUUGUAAAUGGUUACAUAAAUAAUCACAUUUUAUUGUAUUUCAAUGCCUUUCUUCUUUCACUGGUUAUACCUUCUGAAAAUUAUUUAACACAAGAAACGAUUGUCGAUUGAGAUCUUCUUCAUCUCUCUGCAAAUUCUUCCUUGGUUUUGUAAAAUGAAAAUCACGCUCAUAUUUUGCGAUAUACGUGCGUGCGCGUACCUUCUUUGGGGCGGCGACCAACGGCUGCUUCUUGUAUGCAUUUUUCGAUUGUGUGCGGUGAAAGUGUGUGAAAGUAGAAAAUAUUUUUGGACUUAUUUACUCACUAAAACAAUUAAAUAGUACAAUAUAGUAAGUAAAAAGUCAUCAAGACACUUUAGCUGGAAGACUCUUUAGAGAUCAUCUAGAAAUUCACUAAAUAGGAGAUUCAACAGGAAGACUUUUAUUGAAAUAUGAAGUGACAACGACUUUUAUAGUUGAUUCCGGUACAACUUUUCUGGAGGAAAUUAUUGUGGAGCAACUUAAUAAGGGAAAUUCGCUCUUAAAAUGCUCGUCUCAAGUUCACCUUUUUUGCUGUUUUGUGUCUCUUAUGCAAUCUGUUUGCUAACAUCAGCAAAUGGUGUUAGAUGGCCAACGAGUGAAGAAGAAGCCCUCGAUGAGAAGAAUGACUCUGAGAUUUUAAAAGCUGUGCAACAAUCAAUGCACGAAUGGAGGAUAAAAUCCCAUCAUAAACAUCAUCGACGAAAACGCGAAGAGAAACGCGUCUGUUAUGGUGAUUUAGGUUGCUUCGAGGAUUCAGGUCCAUUUGGAUACUUGGACAUGCUUCCAUCGUCCCCGGAAGAGAUUGACACCAAGUUCUACUUCUAUUCAACUAAAAACAGAGGAGAUCGCCCACUGGUUGAGUUUUCCUACUUCAAUAUCUCAGCUGCUGUAGGAGGUGAAGAUUUGCCCUCAAGUGAAACUACUACUGCUGUCAAUGAUUCAAAUGGAACUACAACCAGUACAACGCAAACUUCAACGGUAUCUCCGGAAUUGUCGCUUCGACGGUCCCUGGAUCGCUUAGAAGGACUAGAGAUUCUCUCAGCACGAGUAAUUGUGCACGGAUUCGGCUCUAGUUGUCCCCAUGUAUGGAUUUACGAGAUGCGAACGGCCCUAAUGGCAGUAGAGGACUGUAUUGUCAUUUGUGUGGAUUGGGAGAAGGGAGCUUCGUUGCCUAACUAUGUCAAGGCAUCUGCAAAUACGAGACUUGUCGGGAAGCAAUUGGCACAAUUGCUGGCUGCCCUGGAAACCCAUCGCGGUCUUCAGAUGUCACGGGUGCAUAUAAUUGGCUUUAGUUUAGGAGCUCAUGUGGCAGGAUUUGCUGGAGCAGAUCUUCCGGGGUUGAGUCGAAUUACAGGUCUUGAUCCAGCGGGUCCUUUGUUUGAGUCGCAACAUCCAAAAGCUCGACUGGACAGCAGUGACGCGACCUUUGUGGAUGUUAUCCAUUCCAAUGGGGAGAAUCUCAUUUUGGGCGGACUGGGAUCCUGGCAGCCCAUGGGACACGUGGACUUCUAUCCAAAUGGAGGAAGAGUUCAACAUGGAUGCUCAAAUCUCUUUGUCGGAGCCGUGACGGAUUUUAUUUGGUCUCCUGCAGCAUCAGUUGAGGGCAGAUCAUUGUGCAAUCAUCGAAGAGCAUACAAAUUCUUUAUAGAUUCGGUGGCACCACGUUGUCUCUUUCCGGCAUUUCCAUGUGGCAGCUACGAUGACUUCUUGCAGGGAAAAUGCUUUCCCUGCAAACAAUCUUCAAAUGCAUCGGGCAUUUCUGCAGAUGCUCGAUGUGGAAACAUGGGAUACUAUGCUGAUCGAUCGACAGGACGAGGUCAGCUGUAUCUGGUGACUCGCGAAGAGGAACCUUUUUGUGCACAUCAGUACAAUAUUGAGAUCUUCAGUGCUUUGAGUGAGCUUCCACUGAGAUCCCUUGGACGUUGGGAAGUUACUCUGAUCGGAGAGGCAGGACUAAAUGAGACUUUCACAAUCACAGAGAAAGAUGACACGGAAUUCUUCGCUGGCGAAAGAAUUUCACGAAUUUUGGUGCCACAUCCUGCCUUGGGCUUUCCCACGGACAUUACACUCACGUACAAAUCAUACAGUGGAUGGUUGUCUCGAGGACUCCCCGUGUGGAAUAUCUAUAAAGUCAUCCUUACGGACAGCUUUGGGCGCAGCUAUUCGAUUUGCAAGCGUUUCUUCACACUUGAAUCUGGGAAGCCUGAACUCUUGGCUCUCUUGCCGGGAGAUUGUCACAUUCCCGAAGAGAUAGAUUUUGAAGAGGGUCCUCUUGAUCGUAUUGAUGAGAAGAAGAGUGAGGAGAAUGAAGUGAAUCAUGCCUAUGGAGGCUAUGAUGAUCAGGAUUUGCGAUUUACACGCGAUGACAGGGAAAACACCAUUAAUCCUAAGUGGCAAUCUGUGGAAGGAAAUGGCUUGGAUACUGGUUCAGGCACAGAGUCCAGUCGUGGAUUUCCAGAAGAAAUUGGCACUACGGAUAAUCCACCGGAAAUUUUUGAGCCCAUCCUAAAGGAAAGGCGGAAGAAGAGCGGAAAAGGACGGAAAUUUGAUUCAGAAGGAAGUGAAACCGAAGAGAUUCUUGAACCUAUCCUUCGCUCAACAACUCCACGGAAUGGCAAUAAAACUGUGGAAGAUGCACGAUCUUCUGGGGAUAGGAGGAAAUCCCGUGAGGGCAAUUUUCUCACUGUUCAGCUAUUUCCAUUUCGUCUCGGGGAGAUUCUGGAGCGAGCUGAGCGCUAUGCAAGGUUGACACUUUUGCCACUAAUCAGUGAAACUGCACCGAGAUUUUUCAAUUUUGGUGCCACAGCAAAUGAUGACCGAAAGCCCAAGUAUCUCACAGAAGAAGAAUUUAAACAGGCUGAAAUUGCGGAUGCAGUAACCAAGAAUUUUCUGAAUGUUACAACAGAGACUCCGAGCAAUUCCACGGGCAAGGAAGAGAGUAUUCCAAUGAAUACCACAGAAAUUGUGAAUAGCUCUAGUCCGCGCAAUCUCUAUGAGCCUUUUAGAGAGGAGACUACGAAUGAAUCUCGCGUACUUGUGACACGAUCCGCCUCAGACAGUAAAUACUACACGAAUCUGCAGGAUGUGGUACCGCCGAGUGUACUUCCGGAAAUAAUUCGUAAGGCCCAAACAGAGGAUGAGAAUGUGAUUCGCAUCGAUUUGCCCACAUAUAGACCACCUGCCGUUGAUUUCCCCUACAACUUUGAACUUCCGGCCACAUCAUCUGAAGAAUUGGACGUGCCAGAGACCGCGGAGAAUGUUGAGGAUGUUCGAAGGGAUACCACUAAUAAGUUCAUUCCUCUGACUUUUGCCCAGAAUGCCGAUCGGGAGUGACAAAAUGAUGAGAACACCACGAGUUGUUAUCUAGUCGGGGAGUAGAAUCCCUCCAAUAAUUUCCUCCUUUCCUUCUAUCCACUUUUUCUUGUCUUUUCAACACACUCUGUGUCUCCCUUCUAUUACGUGGAGGUUCUUCCGGUGGGACUCGGUGACUUUUGUGUUCGGCAAUUAUGAAUUUUAAUUUAUUUGUUUUACCUCCUUUGCCUUAACUUUAUUUUGUGUUGGAGGUUUUGCCUCGAGAUGACCUCCAAAUUUAGUUGUACAAUUUUACAUUUAUAUAUUUUUUUUUAAAUAAAAGACAUUCAUCGUUUUGUUGUCUUCCAAA